AUGAGCAAGGAGGAAAAGAAGAAGCUCCUCGAUAAAUACCCGAGAAAAGAGGGUUUUCUUGCACCCGAAUUAAAUCGUGUAAUGGUGUCGGUCAUGUCCGAAUCGUCUGUCCGUCGGGAUAGUUACGCGACAAGAUAUCAAGAGACGGUUGGUUCAGCUCUAAUGGCUCUCGGGGCGGCAGUGUCCACAUUGCUCGACGAGCCUGAGAGCAUCGAUAAAUUGGCUUUUCUGGAAAAUCUCAACGACGCCGCCAAGCUCAUGGCGGAUACGCACUUUCAAAUAAACCAAUCGAGGAGAGCCCUUAUUUUACCAGGGGUAUCCAAACCUCUAAAAGAACUCCUCGACAAAGCUAAGUCGGAUUCCGAAUUGUUUGGGAAGAACUUGACGGAAAAGAUCAAGCACCGAGUUUGUCAGGCCCGUCAAUCCACAGGGCCGACAAAGAUUACCAUUCAGAGGAAAGCAACAGGUCUACAACAACAGGGCGACACACCGGAGACAACAGAGACAGUCGAGGAAGUAACUCAGAGUAUCGAUCUGCCAUCCCAGAGCCAAGGACCUCGUUUUAAUAGCAACGAGAGUCUCAGCAAGGCCUUUACACGACAAAAGGUCCCAGUAGAGGCAUUGGAGAUCGUGCUAGCAUCCUUGUCAACGGCAACAGUAAAACAAUAUAAGUCAGCCCUGAGUCAUUGGUGGAAUUUCUGCAGCACGGAGGGGAUAGAUUUUUUCAAUCCGGAUGAGAGGAGUCUGUUGCUGUUUUUAUCUAAGAAAUUCGAGGAAGGAGCAUCGUAUGGCUCUCUAAAUUGUUUUCGCUCAGCGAUUUCAUUAAUUUCUGCGGACAAGAUUGGUGAUAGACCUAUUAUUAGACGUUUCCUUAGAGGGGCCUAUAAGCUGAAACCUUCGCUGCCAAAAUAUUCAGGCACGUGGGAGGUCGAUAUUGUACUAGACUACUUGGCAAAACUGCAGCCCUUGGAGAGCUUAUCGAUAGGAGAUCUUACCAACAAAACAGUUAUGUUGUUGGCUUUGUCAACAGCUCACAGAGCUCAGACCCUUUCUUGCAUUGAAGUAGAUAAAAUUAAAAGAUCGCCAAGAGGGAUGGAAAUAACAAUUACAAAGUUAAUCAAAACUUCUGGUCCGGGUAAAAGUCAGCCAGUAUUGGUAAUUCCUGAGUUUAAAGAGAGACCAGAGUUGUGUGUCGCUUCAGCUAUUCGUGUUUAUUUAGAAAAAACGGCGAAAUAUAGGGGAACGGAGAAAAGUUUAUUUUUAGCGACAAAGAAGCCUCAUAAGAAGGUAGGAGCUCAGACCAUCAGCAGAUGGAUCAAGAGAGUUAUGAAAGAGAGCGGAGUUGAUACAGAGGUUUUCUCAGCUCAUUCUACGCGUCACGCGUCUACGUCCGUGGCAUUUACAAAGGGUGUUUCUCUAGACAUAAUCAGAGCGACUGCAGGCUGGUCAGAGAGAUCGCAGGUUUUUGCAAGAUACUACAAUCGCCCAGUUCAGGCAAGAGCAACUGUUUUCGCAAGUUCAGUUUUUAGUAUCUCAUAAAAAAGGAAAAGAAAAGAAAGUUUUCGUUUUAACUAUAUAUGCUAAUUUUAAGUUACUUAUUGUCCGUUUAUAGUUUAUAGUUUUCUCCAAUAAAGGACACGAGGUUCUGAUGACCGUAAA